AUGGGAAAGAAAAUGAAUGUCAACUUCAAACUAGUCGCGAUAUUUCCCAAGCGAUUUAGAUACUUACCUAUUCAGAUGUCGUUGCUACUAUUCACCAUAUCAGCUAUGAUUUGCCUGCUUGCAUCUGUUGUCUUUCUACUCAACCCUCAGCCAAGCUACUCGUUGCCAAACUCCUUGCAACAAAUUUUACCAGCAUACCUCCAAACAAAUCACCAUGGUUGGGGGUUGGGGUUGGAGACUGCCUGUCGGGGUGCAUCCAAUUGCCCGGACCAGAACCGAGAAUGGAAUAUACUUUACCAUCUUGGAGGAAAUGGGCCAUGGGUGGAAAAAGUUGACGGCGUGGUAAAGGGGGGGAUUCGGGUCCCAGAUGAUUGCGAAAUUGAUAUGGCACAUAUGAUGUCACGUCAUGGCGAGCGAUUUCCCACAAAAAAUGCCGGUGCCCGAAUGAUCGUACUCCUAAAGAAAAUAAGAUCUUCGGGUGUUGAGUUGAAAGGAUCUCUUGCCUUCUUGAAUGAUUGGCAAUAUUUCACGGACUCGCCCGAGAAACAUUUUGAGCAACUCACUACUACCGGUCCUUACUCGGGAACUUUAGAAGCAUUCACUACUGGAGUCAAGCUUCGCACCCGAUACCGGCAUUUAUGGGAAAAGGUUCUUCACAACCAUACCUUGUUCUGGGCCAGCGAGUGUGAUAGGGUAAUCGACACGGCAAGGUACUUUGGCGCAGGAUUUUUCGGUCUCGAGAACAGGCAUACGGAGCUUCAGAUAAUUAGUGAGGAUGAAAGUAAAGCCGGAGAUACAUUGACCCCGGGCGAUACCUGCAAGACUUAUGUUGAGGACCCGGAAUUGGGCCACGAUUACGGCUACGAGAUGCUCUACAAAUACCGUGCAACUUACCUUCCAGCUAUCGCUCAGCGACUUGAGAAAGAAAACCCCGGGUUGCAGUUUUCUGAUUCGGAGAUCUACAGCAUGCAGGAGAUGUGUGGUUUCGAGAUCACUGUGCUAGGGAAUAGUAAAUGGUGCAACGUCUUUACAAGGCAAGAAUGGUCCCAAUUUGAAUAUGCGAGAGACGUAAUCCAUUACUAUAGGGCUGGACCCGGUAAUAAGUAUGCGAAAGCAAUGGGUUGGCUUUGGUUAAACACAACGGCGAAUUUGAUCGCAGAAGGGCCUGAAUCGGCCGGUCCGCUUUACUUUAGUUUCGUCCACGAUGGAGACAUUGUGCCUAUGUUGGCAGCAUUUGGAAUUUUCGAAGACACUCAGGAUCUCCCUGUUGAUGAAAUGAUGGAGGAUAGGAAAUGGAAAACAUCGCAGAUAACCCCUAUGGGUGGUCGUAUCAUUUUCGAGCGUCUGUCGUGCACUGCGAAGAAUAAGUCCGCAGAAAAAGAGAUAUUCGUCAGAUUCAAUGUCAAUGAUGGCAUUGUGCCAUUGGAAGGCUGUGCGGGUGGGCCGGGGGAGAGUUGUCCAUUGAAUGGCUUUUUAGAGCAUGUGAAGAGAAGGGGGGAAAUCGCGGGUGAUUUCAGGACGGUUUGUGGCCUAGCUCACGACGCACCGGAUAGACCAACGUUCCUCAGGCAACCAUCUCCGGAUAGCACCAUGGCAGCAGCAGCAGAAGGCAGCGAAGUCAAGGGCGACAAGCCUAAGAAGUCGCGAUUCUGGGGGAUCUAGGAGAUGAGGAUGAGACGGGGGUGGUAGCAGGAAUCUAGAGCUGCGUGAUUAGUUUUGUCAUUUAUACCCUGUUUUUUUAGAAUACAUUUUCUUCCAUA